CCCACCACCCGCACCCCAUUUCAAAACUUGAAACAGCCGACUCGCUCGGAUUUGAGAGGAAAAGAAAGCGAUGGAGAACAUGAGCAGCGACUGCGGUGGCUCCAAGCGAGGGAUCCGAUUCGGCUUCUCCUGGGCUGACGAGGUCGAGCGUGAGGAGCUGGAGCAGGAGGAGGAGGAGCGGCGGCGGUGGGACACGGAGAGGGAGCAGAUCAAGGCGGACCCGUUCGGCGGAGCGCGGCCGCUGGGGGUGGAGCACCGGCGGUCGGAAAUGGAGAGGGAGAAGGUCAAGGCGGACCCGUUCGGCGCGGCGCGGCCGCGGGAGGUGGUGUUGGCCGAGAAGGGCGUCGACUGGCGCGCGCGCGACUGCGAGCUGGAUCUCCGCCUCCGAACCGCCCCGCGCCCGCGCCGCAGCCAGAAGCACGCGGCCGCUACGGCCACGAGCAAGGGGACCGUCGCGGCGCACGGGGCGACGCCCGCGCGUGGUGCUCCGCGGGACCAGGAUGCCGCGGGCGCCGGACGAACGCCGCACCCGAGGGGGCAGCGCGCUGCCUUCUCCACGCCGUUGCCGCCGACGGUUAGCCACAGCGCUUGGGGCGGAAGCAAGAGGAAGUGUGCCGGGGAAGGGCCUGGGCCGUCGCGGCGAGUCCAGACGGUGGACAACCAGAGGAAGGUCUUCGGCGAGCUCAACGUGGGAGAGGGCUGCGGCUCCUCGAUCAGAACCUCCAACAAUAAGAGCUGUGACUCCGGUGGAAGUCAAGCCGAGGGAAUCAAAUCAAAUAUGCCCGCGGUUGCGGACGGUGAGAACAGAUGUUGCAGGGUGACGACCACGAUGGUAACCGCAACCGAGGUUGCUCAAUCUGCUGUUGCCCAGAAGAGAAAGGGAGGGAAGAGGAGGAACGGAAAAAGAUCCAAGAAGACUCCGAACCAGCAACAAACACCGGGUCAUGUUCUUGGUUGUAAUCAGGAAUUCAGGAUACCACAGUUCUCCCAGAUUCAACAACGAUAAUGGCUUCACCCUAUUUUGUAGGCGGUGAUCGAAAAUGAGUAAUUCCACCUAUUAUAUUUCCAAAUUCUUCCCUUCUCAACUUUUUGAGCAAUUGGAAUCUAAGCUAUUUUUUUAGAAUGUGACAUUGCACGUCUUUCUAAGGUUUAUAUAUAAGUCUAUCUCAAAUUCAAAGGGUGA